AUGCUUCUCUCAUCUGAUCUGAUCAAAAGUCAUAAUAUAGAAUCUAAGGUCAGAAGAUGCAAGAAACAAGCAGUAAAGAGAAAACAGAGCAUCCAGCCAGCCAACCACUGGAUACAGACAGGCAAGGACCCCACGACGCUAUCUACUGCUUGCUGCGGCGGCCGGAGGCGGUGCUUCCCAUCCCCCUCCUCCUCCUCCAUGGCAAACCUUUCUGUCUGUGAAAAUGGUUGGUGGGAUUUCUCGCUUCUUUUUCGUUUCACCCCCUCCGGCCCUCCUUGGAGUAUGUAUGUAGAAAGGCAUGAAUCAGAUCUAGCCCCGGUUGUACUUCUUUUUCAGCCGCAGUGCAAAAAGCAGGGAGAGGAUUGGCGAAGUAAAAAAUAA